CUUCGCCAAUGGCUCGGGUUUGAGGUGGAUGCCAACCCUGAAAUUGAAGAGGAAGAGGAAGUUGAUGAGGUGGUAACUACGAGUGAGGACGGUGUUGUUACCGGAAACGGUAGUCAACCCCCAGAAUCCAUGCAGACACCCGCCCCGGCCUCUCCACUACUGGCUUAGCGACGAUGGCCGCGGCCACCGCCAGGCGCGCUCGUAGGGUGGUAGUGUUGUGGGCGUGCGUGUACCAUAUGGUUGGCGCACGUCAACUACCAGAUCCUCAAAAUCAUGGGUGAUUCCUCUUUGGUCAAAAUGACUGUUGUUUUUUUUCCAUACUUAACAAGCAGAGAUGAGCGAAGUUACAGAACCAAAAUUGGAAACGCCAGAUGAGUUGCCAGGUAACAAUACCUUUAGCACCUCCACGAGCAACCAGCCUCCAGAUGAUGAUGAUGAUGACGAACAAACCGGAGGUGGUAAACAGCAGAAGGAAAGAAGAAAAAUCGAAAUCAAGUUCAUCCAGGACAAGUCCAGAAGACACAUUACCUUCUCCAAGAGAAAGGCCGGGAUCAUGAAGAAGGCAUACGAGUUGUCUGUGUUGACCGGAACCCAGGUUUUGUUGUUGGUGGUGUCUGAGACCGGGUUAGUGUACACUUUUACCACUCCCAAGUUGCAACCUUUGGUCACCAAGAGUGAGGGUAAGAACUUGAUCCAGGCGUGUUUGAAUGCUCCCGAGGAAGGAUUGGGUGACGACCAGGACAACCAAAGUGAAGGAAACUCGCCUGAUUCUCCAGAACCUGCUCAGCAGCAGCACCAGCCAUCGGCUCAACCCCAGCAGGUGCCUACUCACCCUCUCCACCACCAGCAAAUCCAGCCCGGUGUUGCUGCCAACCAGUUGCCUCCUGGAGCCCAUUUACCUCCUGGAAUGCCAUACCCUCAGUCGCAUCCCCAGAUGCCUAUGCCUCCCCAAGGGUACAACGACCCCAACGUAUACCAACAGUACUUUAACAUGCAAAAUGGUAAUAUUCCUAACCAGCAGCAGUACCAGUAAAUGGGUGUCCGUGAUAUUUAGUUUGUUUAAAAUGUGUUUUACUGUAAUAUACGUGAGAUCUUGAGUCUGACGCACAU